AUGGCGUCGUCUGAAGAGCGAGGAAAGGAAAAGGAAGAAAAAGAAAAAGAGCUGGAUCCAUUGACUGACCCCGGGGACCGUUUUGGAGGGACGCCAAAGAGAAAGGGCCGGCGGGAGUCUAAAAGGAGGAGGCUCGGCGAGAGAUACUGGGGGGCUGGUUUGAAGGAGAGCGAGAGGAGAGACGGGAGGAAGAAAGGGAAGAGAACAGAGAGCAAAAAAGAAGAGAGAACGGGAGGAGAGAUCGGCGAGAGUGAGAAGCGGAGUCGAGAACGAACGACGCAUCCUACGGCGACCAUCGCGGCCGAACCUUGGACGACGACCUCUCCCGGCCAACGUCCCCGACAUGCCACCCCCCCGGUGUCCGUGUUUCCGGUGAGCCCUUUUCUUGGUCCUGAACCCCCAUACCCGAGGAUCUCGGCUCGGAGGCGUCGAGGCAGUCAGCCAUGGCACGAUUUGUGUCGAGCGCACCCUUUAACCAUCGUCUCCAAGCCAGGUGUGCUAAGUUUGGGUGAGCUGACGUGGUUAUUUGGCUGGUCUGGUGAUGGUUUCCGUUGGGUCUAUAUCUCGAUUCGAGUUUUAAAAAUGUUCGAUGUCUUGUGCUCGGCUCUUGCUCACCACGUGUUUGACAAUAUGCCCAACUCAGCCCGUGUACUGGCUUUGCUGAUUUCCAUUUGUUCUUACGUGCGUAUAAGUAAGUUCGACGUCAUUAUAAACUCUUUUUUGCUUGUUGAGCAUUACUUUCAUCGUCGAACCAAGUCUGAGCAUGAGAUUUUCUUUGAGCAUUCUUGUGCAUGAGGAAAUGAUAAAUGUCCAUGCUUGAAACGUCAA